AUGGAUACAAGAGACUUCAAAUGUGUCUAUGAUCCGAUCCUGGCGAGUGUCAAGAAGGGGAAAAUCCCUGUGUAUGUGAAGAUCAAGCCGGGUGGGGGGCGCGCCGUUGACCCGCGCCUCAAUCAAGCAGACCCGCGACCACGCGGAGUCCGCAAGGUCCCUCAGCGCCCACUGCCCGUCCCGUCGCUAGUUAUUGAUAAAAAUUGGAUUGGACCAAAGCCACCGACGUAUGUUUUACUUUACAACAUGUCCACACUCACCACUGUUGGCCAGAUAUCCUCUGAACUGCAGCUUCUUGGCAAGCUCGAUGCAUGUGAGCUCGUGGUUCACCCAGAUACCGCCAUGUCUUUGGGCAUGUGCAGGAUAAGGUUCGCCGGAGAUUUGGGGCUCGCUAAUAAACUGGCUAGUUCGCUUGUGGCGGGGCAAAGGCUGCGAAUCAAUGGCGAGUAUCCUUCAGUCGCAUUUGACGAAGACAUGUCGUUUCAGCGGAAACUCGUUGCAAAAAUCGUCGAAACUAAAAAUAAAGAACUUGAAGAGGUACGUCGUCUAGAAAAGGAACGCAUUCAAAGAGAACAAGCCCGCAAAGAGCGGGAACGACAGUCACAGCUGCGCGAGCUGUCCGCACCACCACCAAACGAGACUUACGACCAAUGGCUGGACCGGAAAGUCGGAUAUAAUGAAUAUUUGCUGGUGAAAACGCGUUUGCAUAAUACCGAAGUCGCUUACCGGGACUUGGCUGAUGCUCUACGAGACUUAUACGUCAAGGAAAUCAUCUACCAUCCCUCUCAAGGAUUCCAUGUUACAUUUAUAUCACCUGGAAAGGCUAGAAGAUGCCUUGAAUUUGCACAUAAAAGCCGUCUGCGACGGAUCAAAAAGCCACUGUACCUUGAAUACCGCCGUCGCGAACGCACUGACCCGGUGGUCGAGGCCUCUAAACAAAUAUUGGCUGAGCUAGAAUCCCGUCUAGUCGAGGAUAUUAGACGCCGGGUUGUUUUAAAAUCGAUCAUGGGCUCCUUAGUACCCUCCAAGUACCAGCAUUUGGAACGGAGAACGCCGUCUCCAGCCGUCCCCAGAGUGGAGCAUGCCGCUCUCUCGAACGGUCUAACACCUGCUGAAGACACUGCACCGUUAGUUACUCAGACAUCCAUUGACUUCAAAAAGCUUCAUUUCAAAAAGAGGAAUAUCGGGGAAAGAACCACGCCCAUCAAACGCCGGAAACUCACCAUUGAGGAACUUGAGAGUGAUGAAGAUAUUGCUAGUGACACAGGAGCCGACGACGAGUCAUUGAGUGACCCUCAUGAGAUCUUUGAAGGCAAAAAGAUCGAAGUCAUAUCCUCCGAUGUUGACAUGGAGGAUGCAGUGCAACCUGAGCGCGAAACGGCUGCACCACCAAUCGAAACAAAAAGUAAUACUGUAUUCGGUAAAAGGCCCACAGCUAAAAUGUCACUGCCGGACCGGCCCCUCCAAUUUAGCGAUUUACAAAGCUUUAUCAAAGAUGAUGAAGAUUGGCAAUAUUUAGAAGCCGCCUUGGGAACAAAACAUGCCGAAUUUUUGGAGGAAAAUUACCAAAAAGCCCUGGUAUGGGCGUCAAUACACUACAGAAAAGAAGAAACAUUCCAAAACCAGCACAAGCCAGUGGGUGAGAUUCCUCAGGACAUGCUUGUACCCGAGUGGAAAGCUCCUGCCCCCACAGCUUGGCGAUUAAGGGGCUACGCACCCAUCCCCAGCACCAUCAAGUCAUCAUACCUUCCUCAUCGCCGGAGAUUAAAAGACCCUAUUGACUCUGUUCAACGAGACAGCCCCCACGACACUGCAGUUACCAAAUCAACAGACCGUCAUUCUCGUAUGGCCAGCCGUCGACUCGCCCAAGACCUCAAUAGUCAAAAACAAGCGCUCAGUGUUGAAACUAGCAUUUUGGAUAUGAACCAGCUACUAAAGCGACGAAAACCCGUCAAAUUUGCCCGGUCGGCUAUUCACAAUUGGGGCUUGUAUGCGGUUGACAAGAUCGAGAGAAACGAAAUGAUCAUCGAAUACGUGGGCGAGGUUAUUCGUGCACCACUUGCAGAUCUGCGGGAACGGAACUAUGUUCGUUCGGGUAUCGGCUCUUCGUAUUUAUUCCGAAUCGAUGAUCAAACGGUCAUUGACGCUACUAAGCGCGGCGGUAUAGCCCGCUUUAUCAACCACAGCUGCGACCCGUCUUGCAUGGCCAAAGUCAUCAAGGUCGAAGGUACCAAACGCAUCGUUAUUUAUGCUAUGCGAGAUGUCCAAGCUAACGAAGAACUUACCUAUGACUACAAAUUCGAACGCGAGGAGGGCGUCGACCGUAUCGUAUGUUUAUGCGGUGCGGCAAAUUGCAAAGGCUAUUUGAAUUAA